UGGGCCAUGCAAAGAUGGCAUCACUGAUGUGGUCCUAUGUGAAAUUUCUCCCUUCUAUUGAAGACAAAAUCCCUGGUAAAAGCUAAACCUGCUUGGCAGUUGAAUGGAGAUGAACUUGAUCUGUGUCACAUACAGUGUUUGGGAGCAAGUGGUGUGUGUUCAGCCAGUUUGGGAGUAAAAAAAAUAAAAACAACAAAAACACAACAAAACAAACAAAAAAAACCAACAACGACCAAAAAAAAGACAAAGGUGACAAGUUGUUGCAGGCAGCUUCAACAUCUGCGAGAUGAGGGCCCAGCUAGUCUGUGUGAACGUUUCCUGUUAUUACUCUGCCUGCAACCCCCCCUGCUCUAGGUCAUCUGAUGGUUACAUCCAUCUUACAGAUACCAGUUCUAUAGAAGUGGAAGCAGGCUGCAGCAACAUCGACAAGGUCAGGGAUACUGAUGCAAGGAAGAGCUCUGGGAAGCCCCCCAUUCCGGACAUGUCAGGACUAUCAACUCGUGAGGAGAAAGGGUCUGCCGACCCCGAGCCCCCUCGCAAGCCAGGCCACGGCCCCGGGCGCCGGGAGCGCGGGCGGGUGCCCGUGCCUGGUCCCCGCCUAGGGAGGGAGGCGGGCGCAGGGAUCUGAGCAGCACGUCGGGCUGGCCCCGGAGAGCUUGUCGUGGGAGAGCCAGACCUGAGAGGGGCUGGCCUCUGUCAGAUGAUUGACAUAAUCUGGCGCCGAAGUGAAGUUUUCAGUGAGUCACCCGCCGUCCCGAGCAGCGGAGCCGCGCAGCCCCCGCCGCCCUGCCGGCCCCGCACGGCCCGGCCCGGCCGCCCCCCGCUCCCCGUGGAUGCCGAUCGAGCUCCGCGAUGACUCCCCGACUGCCGAGGAGCCUGCGGCGGCUGCUGCUGCUGCGCCUUGCCCUCUGGGUCCUCAUGGGCAGCUCCGUCCCCGCUCUGCUUCGGGUUGAAAGUAUCUCACCUGUAGAUGGAAAUAAGGGAAAUGGAUUGCAAAUGCCGAACCUAUGCAAAUUUUGUGAUGUUAAAGUAACAACCUGCUCAAACCAACAUAAGUGCAAGAGCAACUGCAACAUCACUGCUAUUUGCGAGAAGAAAAAUGAAGUCUGUGUCGCUAUAUGGAGACAAAAUGAUGAAAAUGUGACAUUAGAAACAAUAUGCCACGAUCCCCAGGAAACACUCUAUGAUCAUGUGUUGGAUGACUCCAGCUCAGAGGAGUGUUUGAUGAGAGAAAAGAAGGACAAUGGGGGAUUGAUGUUCAUGUGUUCCUGUACAGGUGAAGAAUGCAACGAUAUGCUAAUUUUUCCAUCAGCUGACCCUCAUAAGCCAGAGGAGAAAGAUGAAAUUUCCAAAGUCACAAUCAUAAGUCUUGUCCCAUUACUGGUGAUUUCUGUUGCUGUGAUUGUUAUCUUUUAUGCCUACCGCACUCAUAAGAAGAGGAAGCUCAACAAGGCAUGGGAGAAGAAUGUUAAGCCCAGGAAACAUACAGACUGCAGUGAUGUUUGUGCCAUUAUGUUAGAUGAUGACCGUUCAGACAUCAGCUCUACCUGUGCCAACAACAUCAACCACAACACAGAAUUGCUGCCUAUUGAGUUGGACAUUGUUGUUGGCAAAGGAAGGUUUGCUGAAGUGUAUAAAGCCAAAUUGAAGCAAAACACAUCAGAGCAGUAUGAAACUGUGGCAGUUAAGAUUUUCCCCUACGAAGAAUAUGCCUCCUGGAAAACUGAGAAGGACAUUUUUUCAGAUGUAAACCUCAAGCAUGAGAACAUACUCCAGUUCUUGACAGCAGAGGAGCGUAAGACAGAUCUUGGUAAACAGUAUUGGUUGAUUACUGCCUUCCAUGCUAGAGGAAACUUGCAGGAAUAUCUCACACGGCACAUUAUCAGCUGGGAGGACCUCUGGAAACUGGGUGGAUCCUUGGCCCGAGGGAUUGCCCAUCUUCAUAGUGAUCAUACACCCUGUGGUCGCCCCAAAACACCUAUUGUGCACAGAGACCUCAAAAGUUCUAACAUCCUGGUGAAAAAUGAUUUAACGUGCUGUCUGUGUGACUUCGGGUUAUCCCUGAGGCUGGACCCUUCUCUGUCUGUGGAUGACUUGGCUAACAGUGGGCAGGUUGGCACAGCAAGGUACAUGGCCCCUGAGGUUCUGGAGUCCAGGAUGAACCUGGAGAAUGUGGAGUCCUUCAAACAAACAGAUGUGUACUCCAUGGCUUUGGUCCUCUGGGAAAUGACAUCUCGCUGUAAUGGCGUCGGAGAAGUGAAAGAGUACGAGCCCCCGUUUGGCUCUAAAGUGAGAGAACACCCCUGCGUGGAAAGCAUGAAGGACAACGUCCUAAGAGACAGAGGGCGACCUGAGAUCCCCAGCUCCUGGCUUAACCAUCAGGGCAUCCAGAUGGUGUGUGAAACUCUCAUUGAGUGCUGGGACCAUGACCCCGAGGCUCGGCUCACGGCGCAGUGCGUUGCGGAGCGCUUCAGUGAGUUCAAGCACCACGACAAGCUCUCAGGAAGAAGCUGUUCGGAGGAGAAGAUCCCUGAAGAUGGCUCUGUCACCACUGCCAAGUAGCAUGCACCCAAGAGCUCCAAAGUGGAGGGAAGUUGCUCCUAGAUGCAUUCACCUUGGCAAAGGAAGAAGUCUCGAUCGGUGCCUUGACUUGCUUCCUGGAGGACUGAGGCUGUCACUACUCCCGUUAGACUCUGGCUCCAGACAGGGAGAAGUUUUCAUGGGAAUUAAAAGCUGGGGAGUAGGUAUAAUAUCCUAGCAUUGGCUGCCAGCAUCAUGCCAUAGGAGGAGCUAUGUAUGUUAGCACUUCCUCAGGAAACGAGAUUUGAAAAUAGCCAAUAACAUUAUGCACUUUAUUAAUGCCUGUAUAUAACUAUGAAAUUGCUAUUUUUAUAUAUAUAUACACAUAUAUAUAAAUAAAAUGUGUGUAUAUGUAUAUAUAUAUAUCUAUAUCUAUAAACAGCCAUGCUCUGAAAAAAAAGAGUUUCUAAAAAGAGUGCUUCCAGGAAAUUACCAGUGUGUUAGAGAACCCUCCCUCUUCGGGAAGGAGCUUGAGGAGACUGGCAUAGCACGGCACCAGCAGUUAGGCACUAAACACUCUGCCAAAAAGUUAGGAAUAAUAUGUGCUAAGAAGAUGGCUUUCAAAGCGUGUGCUGUGACCUCCUGGCUGUGGCCCUGCAGUUCACAGUUGCAGUAGCAGCGUCACAGCAGACCAGCCAAUUUGGCUUUGCAGUUGUACCUCUGCAUUCCUAUCUGCAGCACGUUUUGGAAGGUUCAGGGAUGCCUUUGCCCUCUCACCUUAUCCCCAGUGCCUUCAUAGCAUCCCAGAAUGGGAAUGUGAAGAGGUUUGGUCCCUCCCACACGUUUCCAUACAGAGGUCGUUAAUGUAUGUUUAUUGCUUUGAAUUCGUGCUGCUUGCAAGCAGGUUGCAAGACAUCAGCGGGUUGUUUUCCCCUCCUCCCACCCCCACCACCAAACCAUACCCAAGACAAGGCCAGCAAUAAUCCAAGCAGAUGUUUUAUAUUUGCUGUGCGUUCUGAGUGCAGGCAGUACUUUUUUUUUUUUUUUUUCCUUCCUCUUACCUUGAUUGUGUUAUUAUAAAUGAAACAUUUUUUUCCCUGUACAGCAUGUCUAACUGCUUGACACACCACAGUAUGACUCUGUUCCAUGCUGUCUAGAGAAAAGUAAGAGACAAUGGUCAGUGCCUUUAUUUUUGCAAAAGGACCUUGGAGGUAAGGGAAAGCUCCGUUCUCCAAAAUGUUUAAGACAGUUAACAUCACAUUAGGCCUAUAUAAAUGACAGCAGUGUGCUUAAUAAGUGCUAACAAUUUUGUCUUCAGGAGUUUUGCAGUGAUUUCCACACACACACCCCCACACCCCCCCCCCUUUUUUUUUCUUUUUUUUUAAUCCGGUGCCAUUUAUUAAACCCCUUUGACAGAUAAACAUCGAUACUCAUCAAGCAGACAUUGCCAUGGAAGUCAAGAGGAAUCAAGAUUAUUCAAAUAGGAGUUAUGAUUUAUGAUGACAAGGAUUUUAUUUGAAAUGGGUUUGGAUCUGUUUCCUCCCCUUCCCCCGUUUUAACCGAACCACUCAGAAAUACUUAAACAGGCCGAGAAAAGCCUCAACAGCAGCAGUGGAGGCCACAAUGUGAGAUUUCCAAGGGGGAAGGGAUGAUCUGUAUUUUGUGAGGAUGCGAGGGGUGG